AUGAAUAGCAUCUCAAAAGUUGUGAAGCGAGGCUACACGGCCGUGUUCGGAGAAGACACCCAGGACGACUCGCCAAGCAAACAGCGCAAAAUUGCUGUGCCCACGUCAAUGUUACCAACACAUGGCGAGAGGGCUAUUCGGCGUUCAGAUGAACCACCUGUAGCACAGCAGAACCAUGAGGGUCGCCACAACUCCAUGCGACGUACAUCCUCCGGCACCGGCUCAAGAGAUAGUCAGGCAGCACCAGAGAUCGCAAAGGCUUCUGCGAGACAGGAUGAUGCACCACGCAUCGUUCCGGUCGGUCGCGGAUCGAAACAGAAUCUCGCUCUGCUCAUGACCGAUGACCUUCUCGCGGCGUGGAAAUCAACUUGCGAACAAACUCGGAAAACGGAGGCAUUCACACAGCAAGCAGACGCUCGAAGAGACGUCCUCAACAGCUUCUUGCGGCAUGCGAGGACUGAGAUCGAGGAGAUGCGGUACCAGCGGUAUACACUUCGAGACCGUCACGCUGACCUCGACGCAAUGCUGAGGAUUGAGCGCCGUGAGCAUGAAAUAAUGGAGAAGAUCGACCUGGCCAACAGACGGAAAGCUGAGGACGAGGACCAGAUCGCGAGCUUGGGGUGGGACCUGGCACGGGAAUCCUUGACCGCGAACAUGUUCAUUCACUAUGCCUUGAUCGACCGCAAGAUGAUGGUCUCGGACGAAGACUUUGAAUUCGAACUCGGUCCAGAUCCGGCUUUCCUCGAGACCUUCAAAGUGCCUGAUGUUCGUGAACGGACGCCAGUCGAUCGCUCUGUGGAACGCCGAUUCGACGGAAGGCUUGUGUAUGGCCCAGAUCCAGACUUCGUCCCCUCCGAGUUCGUCCCCUCCGAGGCGGAAAACGAGAUGGAUAGGCCAGGAGAACAUGUGCUUGAGCAGGAGUUCAGGGGAGCUUACCACGACCUGCGGCGAGCGGAGGCGAAGUUUGAUCGGCGGGAGCGAGAGACCGCGCGGUGCGAAGACCACGCCGCCGCAACAGCCUUGGACAUUGCGCAUCUCGAACGCAACAACAGGCUCACUCGCGAGCUUGUCCAAGCCAAAGAGCGCUUUGCACUCGCGAAGAGAGCCGCAGCUGAAAACAACCUUGACCUCCUGGCCUCCGAGCAAAGCUCCGGAUUCGGGCCCAUUGAUGGUGAUGUUGAUAGGCCUGAGAGGCGUCUCAGCUACACACCACAUCCAGCCGACCUUAUGGUCAAAGAUCCUCGCAUCAUCGCUUGGCUCGAGGACCCACUCUUCUGUCUCGACGAUCCUCCGGGGGGUCAGCUCCAGGAAAAUGUCGAGCGAAGCAGUGGCAGUCCGGAUGAUGAGGAUGCUGAGUGGAAACGCACGUCUCUAGUGUCGCCGGAGGACAGCUACAGUGUAAGAGCUGAUGGGCGCCAACGAGAGCGCAUUGACAGGGACAAUGCGCAUCGAGAUGAGCUUCGUGGCCAAACAUUGCCGCAGUGGGAGGAGCAUGUCCGCUCUCAGCAAGACCUGGGACCGGAACAGCCUGUACCAAGUUGGGACGAGAUCCAUUCGAGGCAGGAAAAGGCAUUCUGGCGGAAAAUUGAUUGA